AUGUCUUACUCAAAAGUAUCAUUCCCGAAACACGCUGAAAGACCACUAGUAACUCUAGAACAACAAGACGAAAUUUUCAUCCUAACAAUGAAAGACGGUGAGAACAGGUUUACAGUUACUUUUAUCGAGGCACUAUUCGCUGCAUUAGAUGAGGUUGAACGUAUUCGCGGUGAUUCUACCGAGCCGGCGGCACUGGUGACCACCGGUGAAGGAAAAUUUUACAGCAAUGGUCUGGAUUUGGAGCACGCGCUUUCGACGCCGAACUUUUUUGAAAAUUAUUAUUUAAAGUUUUUGGUUCGGUUGUUGACGUUCCCGAUACCUACUGUUGCGGCUCUUAAUGGCCAUGCGUUUGCUGGUGGAUUUAUGAUGGCAUUUGCUCAUGAUUAUCGAGUAAUGAGAAUUGAUCGUGGAUAUCUUUGCAUGAACGAGAUAGACAUCCCAUCACCAGUUCACCCAGGCAUGGCCGCAAUAGUACGUGUAAAAAUGUCAAACGCGAAAACUUUUCGCGAUUGCUUGCUACAAGGCUAUCGAUUCAACGCGCAAGAAGCACUUAAUCGCGAAUUAGUCGACAUUAUCGCACCAGCAGAUCAAGUUCUACCGAAAGCUAAAGAAUUGGCCAAAAAAUGGUCAGUAAAGGCGAGGGCUGGUCCGAUAUACAAAUCAUUGAAAGAAGAAAUGUACUAUGAAAUUAUAAACUUCAUGACUAUGCCUGAUUGGGCAAAACCAAAUUUAUAA